AUGUUGCUUAUCGAUUCUAAAGAAAGAAGGAAGAUAUCAACAAGUCAAGGAGUUUGGACUUCUCUUCGUGGAGAGCUAGAAGAGAAUCAAAUCACAAAUGGAGCACGAUGGGCAACCGAGAUAGCAUUAGAUGCGGGCCCAAUACCCACACCCUUUGGAGUGGCAGUGGAAUUGAGAAAUUACCCGUGGGAUAGGGGUAUUUUAGUCAUUUUCUUAUCCGGAAGGAAUUUGGGAAUUCCGGUUGUACCGUUGCGUAGAGCACGGUGA